UGGCUCACGUUGCCAUACCUGGUCUGGUGUGGCAUCUUUGAACAUGUCGCAGCGGCGCUCCAUGAUCCUGAUGCGCGUCGAGAAGACGUCGCAGAGGCAUCUGAUACGCUCCUGUCGGCAGCGCGUGCUGCGAAGGUCUUCACCGAGCCGGCAUUGACUGCGCUUUACAAGAUAGUCAGCUUGUCGCCCUCUUCUGCACCUCGCCUGUUGCAGAAGAUCACGUUGCCAUGUGAUGCGACGUCUUUCAAUUAUCGACUAAAAGUCGAGAGCGUACGGAUGGAGGUUGGCGAGACAUUGGGCAAAAAGCUCGGGGGCAACUACUUGGAUCUGAAGGCUCUCGUUCAGAACCUACCCAGGUUGCAACAUGUCGACUUGUUCUUUGAAAAAGACGGGGCGCCGUUUCGUGAGCUAGAUAUCCCGAGCCGCUGGAAAUAUUCCGACGAGCUCUUCAGCGCUCUGGAGCCGCUCCCGAACGGCGACGCGGAUGCUGGCGACAAGACAAACUAUACACAACUGAGAAGCUGGACGUGGAGUUCCCGCCUGGCCGCGGAAUCUUGCAAGUUGGAGAAGCUCCAUGAAGUGCAUCGCACGCCGCCUUUCUCAACCUUGCGCAAGAUCACGUUCAUCAACUAUCAAUUACCAUCAUUGAACAGCCGAGCUAAGGACCCUGCUGAGAUUAUGGCGAUGGAUGAGCCCGUCACCAAGAAAAUGGCGGCUGCCAUCAAGGCCUUGCCACGAUUGGAACAUCUUGUGCUGCAAUCAUCCACGGUCGCUAAUGCCGCUUUGUUGGAACUCCUGCCCAAGAAUCUCAAGCAACUCGAGCUGAUCAAUUGCUGGGAUGUCGAAUCUGAGCACUUGACCGCUUUCCUGAUCACGCAUGGCCAUUCCUUGGAACGGCUUACACUGAACCACUGUCAGUCGCUGAGUCUAGGCUUCUUGCCCGUUCUCGGCUCUGCUUGUCCCAACUUGACGCAUCUGAACAUGGAUCUGCAAUAUUUUCGACACCAUGAGUACUACGAUGACUCGGAGCCCAACUACGAGACUUUGCUCAAUAAGGACCAAGUUCCAGUGUGGCCUUCCACAAUACAAUGCAUCGACAUUCAGCAUUUGCAUCAUUGGGACAUUGAUGCUGCCAGCAUGUUCUUCCAAAGCCUUGAGGACAGUGCUCUCCGCAUGCCCAAUCUUCGUCGGCUUGCAUUAAAGGCGACACUCAAUGUUCCCUUCCGACAACGGGCUGAGUUCAGGGAGUACUGGGUUGAGCGGAUGUCGUACAUCUUCCAACGACCAAAUUCGGAUCCCAAACCCGUUCUCCGAGCAAAGGCCCCCGUCGUAUCUCCGCAGCGCGAUGGGCGCUCCUCAGUGUCGGGGGGCAAUGCAAAAACUUGGAAGUUUUCCACCACUCCCGCACGGAGAAGCACCAGGAUUGCGGAUUUAACUCUGAGCCCCGUUUCGCCACAUGAGGAAGACGUAAUUGUGAGUGGAAGAGAACACGCACGAACUAGACAGCUGGCAAAGGAAGCAAAACACCUUAGGCUCCGUACAACUAGGAGGGGUAAUGAGGCGGAUGACGAAGACAGCGGGGACGAACUGGCUGCGACGCCUCUCAGCAACGAUUCGGACAAUGAGCCUGUGCACAGACAGCUCCUAUGUAAUCUCGUCGAUGUACAAAUUGACAACCAAAAACCGACAGAGCGCCGAUAUGGGAUGGAGGACUUUCUUGACUCGCCCAACGCGUCAGACGACGAGUGGAAUGGCCGUGAUGACCCUGACAUU